AUGGCUCCCUCCUCCUCUAAGGCCCAGGCCCAGCCCAAGAACCGAAAGGCCAAGACCGGCAGCUGGGCUGAUGCUGAGAGAAGGAAGCGUGUGGCCACAAGACCCUUGAUCCACAGCGGCGGCAGCAGUGGGCCACUGCCCACGCCCUGCACCACUGUAACUCCAGCCCCAAGGGGACGAGGAGACUGGCCUGUGCCUCCUGACGGGACCAUGAGCACGGCCUGGUGCCUCUCCUUGCUCUUCCUCACCCUUCCUGUGGCCCUGGUAGCUGGCACAGACCCAGGGGAGAAUGAAGUGAUGGUGUUGAAGAACUUUAAACCCAUCAAUGCCUCACACUCCAACGUGAAACAGUGUCUGUGGUUUGCCAUGCGCCAGUACAACAAAGACAGUGAGGACAAGUAUCUCUUCAUGGUGACCAACGUACUGCGGGCCCAGCUGCGGAUCACACAUUGUCUGGAAUACAUUGUUGAUGUUGAAAUCACCCGCAGCAACUGCAAAAAGAUUCCAAGCAAUGAUGAAAACUGUGCCAUUCAAGAAAACCCUGGGCUGAGAAAGAAACAAAGUUGUAGCUUUUUGGUAGAAACGCUCCCCUGGAAUGGUGAAUUCAAUUUGACGAAGAAACACUGUGAAGAUAUCUGA